AUGGUCUCGUCGAUGCUUUCCCUGUUCACGCAUGGCGUGCUUGCAGAUGAGCUGGCCUUUGCCUUUCUGGUCAUCAAAGAGGACAGCGUUCCACUGUUCUGGCUGUUCGCGGUCUUCGUCGUAUUCUCUGGGAUCACCCUGCUCAACAUGCUUAUAGGCGUGCUGUGCCAGGUGGUGGCGGACAACUCGCGCGAGCAUGAAAAGAACCAAAUAUUGGUGGAUCUCAAAUCGAGCUUGGAAGAUGCAUUUGAGGCCUUGGAUACCUCUCAAGAUGGAAUCAUCAGUGAAGAGGAGUUUAAACAGAUGAAGACGGAUCCCAAUGUCAUGGAGAUCUUCUUUCGGCUGGGCAUGGAAGAGUCCGCGAUCAUCCAGCGAUUAGAUCACAUGCAGGAGACAAUCUUCGCUGUUGCCAAGAGCGAUAAUGCGGACGAGUCCUUCCUUACCGAUUCGAAGGAUCCAGCCUCCAGGAGGCCUCCGAGCAUGUCCUUCAAGCAGUUUACGGAUCAGGUCGUCGACUUGCAAAUGAACACAUCUGCAGGGGUGCUGGAUGUUCAAUCCGUGGCGGCCAAGGUUCGUGCAGAGGACCAGAAAAUCUUGACGGCGCUGAGCCGUUUGGAGCCGGACCUGCGCCGCCUUCUUCAAGCGCCCAUGGACGCCCAGGAGGCAAAGACCUUGUCUUCCUCGAGAAUACAGACGCUGAACCUCGCGGGAGAGGACUCUACAUCCGUGAGACCACAGUCUACUCAUGCGGCGUGUCCGGGCCAGGCUUCCCAAGCAUCGCCGGCUCCACGCGCAGAGCCACUGCCCGACCAGUCCGUUCAUCUUCCGGGAUCACUGGAAAGCCGAGGGCUCCAAGCCGAGACGAAGGUGCCAGAGCAGGCCUCGGAUAAGGAAGCUCCCGAGCUGAGAGAAGAUUGGCUUCAGGAGGUGCCCACUGAGCUGCUUCUCUACAUACUGAAAGCAAGAGUUGAUCUCACACAGGUCUCACCGUGUUUGCAGAAAUGGCUUGGUGAAGACAGCACGUCGAGGAAGGAGCAAGCCGAGGGCGUGCAUGCAAACGAAAAACGCCCCACGGUGCGGGUACCGAGUAGCCAGUUGAAGAACACGCGGAGUCGGGGCCAAAAAGUUGGGGCUCAAGCUGAGAAGCUGAGCUCACCCGGAGAGGAUGCGGCUGACACUCGAGCUGCUGCAGCAGGCGCCGCAGAUCCCCACCAUCGCGACUUGGCUGAGUGGGUAGGAUGUGGCAGCCUGCAGAAGUGUCUGGACUUUUCAGACAACGAUCUCAUCAAACUGGGGAACUUCCCACCGUUAAAGAGAUUACGCGUUCUGAUGCUGAUGAACAACAGGAUUAGCCGAAUUGCGCCGGACUGCUUCGAUCCGAUACCCAACAUUGUCAGCCUGGUGCUGACAGGCAACAAGUUGGAGAAGCUUGUAGACCUGGAGCCCAUCACGCAGCUCAAAAACCUGGAGCGUCUAAGCCUCAUGGACAACCCAGUCACCAAGGUGAAGCAUUUCCGGCCGUACAUGAUCCACAAGAGCUCGAAAACGCUGAGGAUUUUAGACUUCAACCGCAUCAAGGACAAGGAGAGGAAGGCAGCAACGCUGCUGUUCGCGGGCGAGCGUGGCAAGAAGCUGUUGGAGGAGAUUGCUCCGCCCCGUGUGGUGGGCAAGGAGCCCACGGAGAAGGUCUCUGACGUCUCCAAAUCCGGUCCAUCCCCCGAAGUCAUCGAGCGCAUCAAGAAGGCCAUCGCUGAAGCCGAGACCAUCGAGGAGGUCACGCGCCUCGAGAAGGCCCUGAAGAGCGGUGUCCUGCCUGACGACCUCAAGGAGCCAGGCACCGAGGGCCCCGAGGCCGCACCGGGCCUGGAAGGCGCCGGAGGUCCGGAGCCGAUGGCAGAGGGAUGA